AAUUCCCUCCAGUCAUGCAAUUGCAGGAGCAGUUAUUGCCCUAGGACAGACUUCAGUGAAAGCUCCAUUCUCUGCAUUCGAGCCGCCCAACAUUCUGUAGACACCAUUGGGACUCCACGAGCAGCAAUUUUGGCAGGCAGAGACCACCCGGUUACGUGUAACUUCCAUAGGUAGUCGCCACGCCGAGGGCAGGCCCAGCGAAGUCUAGGCCUGGUCCCGACGCCCGUGUGGUAAAAUGCUCUGCGGGGACCGGAUGCAUUCCAGCGCCGGUUGCUCGACCUCAUAUUCUGCAACGUCAGCGCUGCAGAGGAGGGCAGUGCCGACGUGCAGGAGCCGGCGCGGGCAAGCCAGAUGCCUGGCACAAUCGCGCUCCUACCACACGUCCCCUUCUCCUGAGCGGGACUCAUCACGCAACCGUCAUGUGGCGUCUCAGCGCGUGUCGCCGGGCUCCGUCGCUGCGAAAGCGGUGUCGGCCCCCUCCUCGCGGCGCAAGGACAGCCUGCGCUCAACGUCAAAGCGGGACAUCAUCAGCACCAGCAUCCCGGACGCCAUCCCCAGUCUAGAGGAGCUGGAGCAGAUGCGUAACCGCGUCUUGCAGCAGGGCGGCUCUGGCAGCGCUUCACGACGGUUGACCUUCGCUGCCGACGGCCCGGUCGUGGAGCCUGACGUCCCUUUUGCCAGCCCUGACCUGCGCUCUUCAUCAUCACAGACUGGCGCCGACUCAGCAUCUAGUUCGCGGUCACAGGCAGCUAGCACAGCUCCUCAUGACGCGUCUCGCGCUUCGGCGCGUCAGCAGGCGCCCGCGACACCCGACUCCGGGUCAGCGCUGUCUCGGGAGGUGCCGCCACCGGUGCCGCUCUCCCGGCCCGCACCCGCACGCGGCCUGAACGGCAGCAGCCGUACCGCAACCACCAGCCCGCAAUCCUCCCACACCGCCUUCACGCCCAAACCCCCCGCCAAGGUCCCGAAUAGCAGCUCCCGAUCUGGGUCGGGCGCCGCCGCCGCCAAGGCCGAGCAGCAGCGCACGGUGAUGCAGCUGACCAUGGCGAUCAAGGCGGUGAAGGACUGGCGCCAGCUGCCUCGCCUGCUGGCGGAGGUGGCGCCGCAGGGCGGUGUGGACGCAUUCAACGCCGCCGCGUUCCUCACGCACUUGGCGCAGUGUGUGGCGGCGGCGCCGCAGCCGCUGGGUGCAGAGGACCUGGCCCUGGUGGAGCGCAUGCAGGCCGCCAUGCUGGCGGUGGUGGAGUCGUCCAUGCACGAGUACCGCGCCCGCCAGGUCUCCAACAUCACGUGGGCGCUGGCGCGGCUGGGGCUGCCCAGCGGCGCCGCCUUCCUGCGCGACCACAUGCUGGCGGCCGCCUACCCGCUGCUGCCCUGGUACGAGCCGCAGCACCUGGCCAACACGCUGUGGGCUCUGGCGACCGCGGGCGUGGGCCCGGACGACGGCUGGCUGGAGGAGUACCUGACCGCCGCCUUCGUGGCCAUGCAGCGCCGCGGCGGCGCCUUCGAGCCGCAGCACCUGGCCAACCUGCUGUGGUCGCUGGAGCGCAUGGGCGUCAUGCCGGACGAGGAGUGGAUGGGCGUGUUCUACGAGUGCGCCGUGGCGGCGCUGCCCACCGCCAGCGGCCAGGACUGCUCCAACGUGCUCUCCAGCCUGGCGCUCAUGUCCAUGCACACGCACCGCCCCACCGCCACCGCCGACCUCGCCACCCGCAUCGCCGCGCGCCUCACCGCGCUGCUGGCGCCGCACGCCGGCCCUGCCGCGGGCGCGGCGAGCACCGGCCGUCGCGGGUCGGGGAGCGGAACUGGCGUGGAGGCGGCGUCGUUGGGCCCGGAGGUCCUGACGCCGCUGCCGUCACACGCCGGCGUCAGCGCGGGCGCCGCGGCUGCUGCCACCACGGCUGCGGCCGCCCCUUCCGGCCGGCCUUGCCAGGCUGAGGUCAGCGACCAGACCAUCGCCAACAGCCUGUGGGCGUUUGCGGCAAUGGGCAUGGAGCCAGAGGCCGCGCUGUGGGACCGCUGCGUCGCCGCGGUGCGCAGCCGCCUCGCCGACCCCACGCGUCCCGCGCCCGCCGUGGCGCCGGCCGCGCUGACCACGGUCCUGUGGGUGGCGGCCACGCUGCGCCGGCCGCUGCCCGCCGCGCUCAUGUCGCUGGUGUACGCGCGGCUGCGCGCGCCGCAGCUGGCGGCGAUGGAGCCGCGCGGCGUGGCGACGCUGGUGUGGGCGCUGGCGGCGGCGCCGGCGGAGCAGGCGCGCCCGCCGGCGGACUGGCUGGCGGAGGCGGCGGAGGCGACCGCGGGCGCGCGGCGGGUGUCGGAGCUGGGCGGCCAGGCCGUUUCGAACCUGCUGUACGGCAUGUGCGAGCUGGGCGCGCGCCCGCCGCCGGCCUGGAUGGCGGGCCUGGUCAACCACUUCCACCGCAACCUGGGCGCCGAGGCGAGCGGGCAGUCUGUGGCCAACGUGCUGUGGUGCCUUGCCAAGAUGGGCUACCGCCUGAACGGCGAGGGCAUGGACAUCCUAGCAGGCAUGGUGGCCAGCCGCCUGCAGGCCUGGCAGGAGGAGCAGGCGGAGGCGGCGGCAGCCGCCGGCGCGGCGGCGGCGGAGGCGGUGCCGCCGCCCUUCAACGCGCAGGAACUGUCCAACAUCCUGUACGCCUUCGCGACCCUGGGGUACGACUUGGCGGGCGCGCUGGACGGCGCGCUGGCGCCGGCGCUGCUGGCGGCUUGUCGCGCCCGGCUGCAUGAGGCCAACGCGCAGGAGCUGUCCAACAGCCUGUGGUCGCUGUCGGCGCUCAAGCUGCGCCCCGCCGAGCCCUGGCUCCGCGACUACUACGCCGCCGCCGUCGCCUGCCUGCCCUCCUUCGCGCCGCGCGACCUUGCCCAGUCGCUGUACGGCGCCGCCAAGCUGCGCCUGCCGCUGAGCGGCGCCGGCUCCGCCGGCGCCGCCUGGGCGGCGGCGGCGCUGGCCGCCGCGCCCAAGCUGCUGGCUGGCUCCAGCGCGCUGGACCUGUCCAACGUGUCUUGGGCGCUGGUGCAGCUGGGGCUGGAGGUGGCGCCGGAGGGCCGGGUGGCCGCGGCCUUCACGGCGCGCCUGGUGGCGCUCAGCGGCGGCGGGGGCGGCGGCGGCGGCUCGGGCUGCGACGCCGCGCAGCUGGCGCUGGGCGUGUGGGCGCUGGGCAAGUGGCGCGUGGUGCCCACACGCGCGCAGGUGCAGCAGCUGGAGGUCGCCACCUUCCGGCAGCUUCCCAACAUGCGGCCGCAUGAGCUGGCGGCGCUGCUGAGCGGCUUCGCAGCCAUGGGCCACACGCCGCACGCCGAGUGGCUGGAGGACUGCCUGCAGCAGGUGGCGGCGCGCUCGCGCGAGUUCGGGCCGCAGGACUGGACCGUGGUGCUUGCCUCGCUCGGCCGCAUGCAGCAGCGCGAGCGGCGGCACCGGCACGACCGGGCGGUGGCGGUGGGCGCCACCGCCGCCUCCGCAAAGCCGGCGGCGGACGGCGAAGAGGCGGGCCUGGUGGCGCAGCAGCUGGGGCCGCACGCGGAGGAGCUGGCGCUGCGGCUGCUGCCGCGCCUGCACCGCAUGCCCGUCACCUCGCUGGUGCUGCUGGCCUACUCGUGCGGCUGCAUGGGGCCCAGCCACACCAGCCGCCAGCUGGUGUCGCGCUGCAUGUCGCUCAUGGCAGCGGGCGACUCGGCCGCCACCAAGGCCGCGGGCGCCGAGAAGGCCGGGGGCGUCGCGGCGGCGGCAGCGGCGGCGGCAGGUGCGGCGGCGGGUGCGGGUGCGAAUGUUGUGGAGGGCGCCGCGGACAAGGCGGGCACCGGCCGCCGGCGGAUGGUUGCACCCCGCCGCGGCAAGGCGGCUGCUGCCGCCGCUGCUACCGGAAGCGCCGCGUCGCCGGCUGCACCCAACACGGCCGUAGAGCGGCUACUCGCGGCGGCGCACGCCGCCGCCACCACGCCCGCUGCUUCCACAUCCCCAGCCGCUACUGCUGCCGAGUCCCGGCCGCAGGCCGAGGCGGCUGCUACUGCUGCCGCUGCUGCUACGGCCGUGUCCAGUGAGGCUGACCUGCGGCCGCUGGCGGUGUCUGCGCUGAGUGCGGCGGAGCUGAGCAGCCUGCUGUGGUCGGCUGUGCGCACCGGCAUCAAGGUGCUGCCCGCGGACUUCCGCACCCAGUUCCUGAGGCGCACCGCGCCACUGCUGCCCGAGCUGCCUGCGUCGCUGGUUGCCUCCUACCUGUGGGCGGCGGGCCGGCUGCGCAUGUGGCUGCCCUCGCGCUGGCGGCACGCGCUGGUGCGGCGCUGCGAGGCGGUGCUGGCGGCGGGCGGCGGCGGCGAGAUGCGGGAGCGGGAGCUGGUCAUGAGCGCCAUGGGGCUCAUGUGGCUGCGCGUGUGGCCCCGGCGCAAGCUGCUGGACUCGCUGCGGGCGGCGCUGGAGUCGCGCGGCCCGGCCAUGGAUGAGCGCAUGCGCGCGCACGCGGCGGAGGCGCUGCGGGUGCUGGAGGCGCGCCUGGUGCGGGCGCGGGAGCGCAGGGUGGUGUUCCCGCGCCGCCGCGCCGACUGGGUGGCGGCGGUGCGCAAGGGGCUGGAGGCGAAGGCCAAGGCGGCGGCAGAGCAGGAGGCCGCCAAGCACGUGGCAGCGGAGGCGGCGGCGGCGGCGGCGGCUGUUGCGAAGGCGGCGGUGGUGGGCGGCGCGGAGGCGGCAGAGGCGCGCGUGAGCCGACGCGGCGCGCUCAAGGCUGGCGUGCUGCGGCGGCGGAAGAGCCGUCUGACGGGUGCGGCGGCGGACGUGGCGGCUGGGGCGCCCUCGGCGUAAAUUGUCUGGGACAAUGUGCAUUUGGCUCGGCGCUUUAUUCUUUUCCAUGAUUCGGGUUGCUGGAUUGGCUUGUUCUUCAUUCAGUCUGACAAGGCUCGUGGUGAUUUUGGUAGGAAGCAUCAGAUAGCGCAAGGUUUUGCAAUUUUGUGUUUCAAUUGCGACGUGGUAAGUUGGGAAGCAUGGAUACCCCAUCACGGGCACCAGCAUUGAGUGACUGACAGAGAGAGAUGGAAUGUCCAAACGUGAGCUUGCAAGACAAAGGUGCCGACACGUGGUAAGCGGUGGAGGAAUCUGCAAAGGCAUGUUUGAGACCACAGGUUGCAGACACGAUUCUACUACAUCCUCUAGACUCCUGAAUCCGUUGGAUGUUUCUGUGUGGGACUGGUGUUGUUCCAGUUGAAUUAAAGAGCAGGGGGUGGGGGGGGGGGGGGGUGCCAUGGGACAGGGUGGUGGUGGUGGUGGUGGCGGUGGUCCCUGCAGUGCAGGUGACCGGUGUAACACUAACAAGCA